AUGGUCCUCGAAGCUAUCCGUUUCAAGGGCGAGACAGCCUCGGGCCAAAAUGUCACUCCCGCCUCGCUCGAGAUCCUGGAUCAACUACUGUUGCCGCAUCAGACCACUUUCAUCCCAAUCACAACAUGCCAAGGUGCUCAUUCGGCGAUCAAGAAAAUGCAAGUCCGAGGAGCACCUGCUAUUGCCAUAGUAGCAGCUUUGGCUCUAGCGACAGAGCUGAGUAAUGAGAAACAAGCUGGGUCGCUUCUCAAGACGGCGAGGAAACAACAGGACGAAAUUGGUCGUCGACUGGACUAUCUGAAGACCAGCAGACCUACCGCUGUCAAUCUCAGUGAUGCCAUAGGGAAACUCAAGAAAGUGGUCGAGACCGCUGCGUCAGAGCCGGAUGCUUCGCCGACGACUGUUGUGGCAGCAUACCUGCAAGCAGCGGAGAAAAUGCUAGAAGACGACGUGGCAGAUAACAAAGCCAUCGGUGAACAUGGAGCACAGUGGAUAAAGAAGCAUACUACUGCCGGUGUUCGGAGAACAAGCAAUCCUGAGCAACCCCUUCAGGUUCUGACGCAUUGCAACACAGGAUCAUUGGCGACAGCAGGGUAUGGCACCGCGCUUGGCGUGAUUAGAUCACUUCGUUCCAACGGCAUGCUCACGCACGCGUACUGCUCUGAGACAAGACCGUACAACCAAGGGUCUCGACUGACGGCAUAUGAGCUUGUACACGACGAGAUACCCGCUACUCUUGUGACAGAUUCGAUGGCGGCCUCGCUGCUUCAGAGAGAAGGUCAAGACGUCGCCGCUAUCGUUGUGGGUGCCGAUCGUGUUGCGGCCAAUGGCGAUACUGCUAACAAGAUCGGCACCUAUUCUCUGGCAGUGCUUGCCCGUCACCACGGCGUCAAGUUCUUGGUGGCCGCGCCUCGCACAACGAUCGAUCUUGCAACACCUUCCGGCAAAGAAAUCGUCAUCGAAGAACGUGCAGCCGAUGAGGUGACUAGGAUAAAAGGUCCUCGCAUCGAUACGGACGGCAAGGUGCUCGUCGAACACUUCCCGGCAACGAUCAACAUCGCUGCCACCGGGAUCGACGUGUGGAACCCUGCAUUUGAUGUGACACCUGCCAGCCUGAUAGAUGGCAUUGUGACCGAAUGUGGCGUCGUCGAGAAAGUAGAUGGCCGGUUUGAUUUUGAGCAUAUCUUCCGGAAGUAA